CCAAAUUCAAACCUUACAUAAACAAACCAAGAAAAACCCAUUCCUUUUUUCAUUCCAUUAAGUCACUUUCCCUAAUCUCAAAGCUCUGAUCUUUUUCCAUCCCCUGUCCGUUAAUGGCGUCUCGCUACAACUCCUACGAUUCCACCCGCUCUUCCGCCUCUUCAUUCACUUCCUCAGUUGAAUUCAACCCUUCUUCCGUCACUCCUUCCUCCUCAUCCAGAGCUCUGGUCAAAUCCAAGACGUCCGACCUCUCCCAGUUGAAAUCCAAGCCCAAUGGCACCCACCACAAUCUUACAGCAAUGGUCAAGAAGUUCAUGGAGAAGAAGACCACUUUAGGGUCGUCGUCGUCGAAGAAGAAGAAUGCAAUUGGUGGGUUGGUGAUUCAGGCGGAUUUGAUAGCGGAGGACUUGAAGAGGAACACGCCGGCGGCAAAGAGAGGGGCCGGGCUAGUGGGUUUGCAGAGGAAGCUGUUUGGGAAGAGAAGGGUGGUAUCAAGAAGGAAGUGAAGGCUUUGACUGAGGUGAAAGGGAGUGGCAAUGUUGGUAAUACGAUGACUUUGGCGAUGGUUUUGAGGAGCGAGAGGGAGCUCUUGGGUGCUAAUAAGGAGAUGGAGGAAGAGAUUGGUCAGCUCAAGUCGAUGCUUGAGACCAGAAACAGAGAGGUGGAGAAGUUGAAGGACUUGUGCUUGAAGCAGAGGGAAGAGAUCAAGUCAUUGAAGAACGCGGACUUGAGUUCUUGCGAGGCUACGACACCAGGCAGCCCCGAUGAUGAUAUGUUCAUUAAGGAUCUAAAUCCUUGUUUGACACCUUAUGUUGCCAAGGCAAAUUCCAAGGAAUUCGAUGAGAUGGGGUAUGAUUGCUCUUCUUCGUACGAAGAACACUUGCCGGAGACCACAAUGCAGGUCUCAGAUGAGCCUACUUUCAGUUCCAACUAGAAUCAAUACCCGCUGCUACGCCGCGGGAACUUAAGUUAAAGGAGUACGAUCGUAUGGUGGGGUAGUUUAGGUGACGGCGAAAUGGGAUUGUUUUAUCAUUGGGAAUUGUAUGGGUUUCAAAAUACCGUAAGUGUGUUGUAUCUUGAGUUCCAUAGUUAAUUAGCGUUAUGAUCCUACAUGUUGC